AUGAAUGGAUCCGACAUCAAGAAGGCCGCCAUCCAGAAAGCAAAACAGGUCGCCCACUCCGCAACCAACGCUGCCAACGGCACCAACGGUAAGAAGCGCAGAAAGCAAGAGCUGAAACCCAUCGUCACCUCUGAACAGCAAGAAGCCGCUUCGGCAACCGCUUCGCCCAUGAGCUACCAAAAACCCACAACUACCCGUGACCUGAGUCCGUCGGGCUCAGAUUCAUCCUCGCUCUCCGGCGACGAGCAAACCGAGAACACCGCCGACGAAGAGGACUCGGAGGACUACUGCAAGGGCGGCUACCACCCCGUCCAGGUCGGUGAAGAAUACAACAAUGGCAAAUACACAGUCGUGCGCAAGCUGGGCUGGGGCCACUUCUCGACCGUCUGGCUCUCGCGCGACAACGACACAGGCAAGCACGUCGCUCUCAAGGUCGUGCGCUCUGCUGCUCACUACACCGAGACUGCUCUGGACGAGAUCAAAUUGCUCAACAAGGUCGUGCAGGCCAACAUGGACCACCCCGGCAGGAAACAUGUAGUCAGUUUGCUCGAUUCUUUCAAUCAUAAAGGUCCCCACGGCAUGCACGUCUGCAUGGUUUUUGAGGUCUUGGGUGAGAAUCUUCUGGGCCUGAUCAAGCGCUGGAACCACAGAGGUAUCCCUAUGCCUCUUGUCAGACAAAUCACCAAGCAGGUCCUAUUGGGUCUCGACUACCUCCACCGCGAAUGUGGCAUCAUCCAUACCGAUCUCAAGCCCGAGAACGUCCUGAUCGAAAUCGGUGAUGUCGAGCAGAUUGUCAAGACAUAUGUUCAGGAAGACCCCGAUAAGGCAAAGGACGAACACCGCAACGGUAGAAGGAGGAGAAGAACCCUCAUCACCGGCAGUCAACCUCUUCCCAGUCCUCUCAAUGCCAGUUUCAGUCAGACCGACCUGUCGAGCCUCAACAAGCUCAUGGCAGAACAAGGUAAACCUGUUCCAAUCACGGGCCCAAGCCCCAGUCCGAGUCAAGAUGUUGAAAUGAGUGGUGCUGCAGGCGCGACUUCUCCCACAAAAUCCAUGAAGGAGUCUCUCGGAAUUUCAGACGAGGCCGCGCAAAAGGAGCGUGAAAAGACUGCUGAUAUUCUUGCCAACAACGUCUCCGGUAUCGACCUCUCUUCUUCGACUUCAUCAACCAAGGUGCCAGAAGAAGUAGCAUUCGACACGAUCUCGGUCAAGAUUGCCGAUCUGGGUAAUGCAUGUUGGGUCGGGCAUCAUUUCACAAACGACAUUCAGACACGACAAUACAGAUCACCAGAGGUCAUUCUUGGAUCAAAGUGGGGUGCUAGCACAGAUGUUUGGAGCAUGGCUUGCAUGGUCUUCGAGCUCAUUACUGGUGACUACCUCUUCGACCCUCAAUCUGGCACAAAGUACGGCAAGGACGACGAUCACAUCGCUCAGGUCAUUGAGCUGCUCGGCACCUUCCCCAAGUCCCUGUGCGUUGGUGGCAAGUGGUCACAGGAGAUAUUCAACCGCAAAGGAGAGCUGCGCAACAUCCACCGUCUACGUCACUGGGCCCUCCCCGAUGUUUUGAGAGAAAAAUACCAUUUCAGCAUUGAGGAAAGCAAGCGCAUUGCCGAAUUCCUGCUACCCAUGCUUGAGCUCCUCCCUGCAGACCGCGCCAACGCCGGAGGCAUGGCUGGCCACGGGUUUCUGGAGGGCACAAAGGGCAUGGACGGCGUCAAGCUCGAGAUCGAGCCCGGCACAAAGGGCGAGGGCAUUGAUGGAUGGGCCACAGAGAUUAAGAAGCAACGGUAG